AUGUUUUGCAUUUGAUGUUAUUGCUCCCGAAGCUGUUGUUUACAUCAGAGAAUAAUUAAAGAAUUAACAAUGAUAUUUUUUUUUUUCAUCGUCCGGAUAUACGACGGCGUCCAAUUACGCUUAUCGAUUUCAGUUCUGCAUAUAGUGUCAAGCAGAAACGACAUGAAGGUAGUCUUAGCGUCUGUAAUACUAUUAGUGGUCAAAGUUUCAAGCGACCAAGUGUGUUUGCUAAAGUGCAAAAAUAAGGAAAGAUGUGUUAACAGAAAAUUUUCAUGUGAGACACCUCCGUGCCCGCAGAUGCGUUAUUGCGCUAAAAAUCGCAAAGAGUCUUUAGAGGGACCAACUUCUUGCGAUAAUGUCAAGUGCAGCAAUGGGUUCGUCUGCACCGUGAGACUUCGGCAAUGCAACUGGGAAAGUUGCAGAGAACAGGUCGCGAGAUGUGUUACGGAAAUGGAGUUCCACGAUGGACCGGCUUCUUGUACUGGGUACAAGUGUCCCUUGGGCGAGGAUUGCAUUCUCAGAGAAUCAAUUUGCAGAGAGCCGCCGUGCAAACUUUUCAAGGCUUGCUUCAACAAAAGAGGUCAGAAAUGCCACCUUCAAGGAUCUUUUAAAACUUGCGGAGAAAGUUUUAAAAAUGUUUCUCAAGAACUUCCACCAGAAAAACCAAAAAGCAGUUUGCUGUUUGCGUUAUUAGAAAACUUGAACAACAAAUCGGACGUAAUAAACUUCUGGGUGGAACAAUCUCGGCUGGACAAAAACUUUCCGGAGUUCAAACAGUGGUUGCAAACAAUAAGAUUCCUUCUGGGUGAUGACGCUUUUAACAUUUGGCUGUCUCAAAUUAGGAACAGCACUGAGGAACACUUUCAUCGUUGGCUUCCAACAACGGAUUUCAAAGGCGGGUUUUGGAAUUCUUCUGAUCAUACUCAAGGGCUUUCUUACAAAACUGAAAACUUGAUCAAUCCUGAAUUCCACAUGCGCAGUUUUUUGAACACUACUGUUGAUUCUGGCAAUUCUAGUGCCUUGAAGAGUCCUGACAAGAAUCUGACGCUGUUCUACCCAAAGGAUGGGUCCUCUAGAAGAAAGCUUGAUGAUAAGGUUCCUAGUUUAGAUAUCAAGACGGCUUCAAGUGACUACUACUUGUCAGUGAUGAAACUAAUCGAGAAACUCCUGGAAGCAAUUGCACCGGUAAUAGAGUACAAUCAACAGAGCAUGAUACAGCAGCUAGUUAACGAGUCUGCGGUUAUGGACGACCAGAAAAAAAUUUCCGUGAUCACUGUUUUGCAGAGAUUAAGAGACGAACGGCAAAGUUACGUUAAUAUAAUAAACAAAACAAGAGAGUUGAUCGGAAAAGCUCAGCCGGUUGUUCCUUCGGUGCUGAUUGAUGAAUUGAUUGAUAAGUUGGCGGAGAAUAUCAGCUCCAGGAGACAAUUUUCAGGGUCUGAUAAUUCGACCGUGGAAAUUAUCGCCGUUCCUGCAGAUUAUCCUGAUAAUGAAACGGAAUUCUUUUUGGUGGAUUACGGAGAGCCUAUUUCGGACAUCAAGGUCAACCAAUCUAUACCGAGGAUUGUUGUAAGGAUUGAAAACAAUCUUGAACCCAAGCCAAGAAUUGGGACUGUCAAGGUUGACUAUGGACAGGGAAAUUCUUCAGGAUUUUUGAGACUCAAAGACGAUUAUUACACUGAGGAUGGGGUUUAUGAUACGGCGAAUCGGGGUAGAAAUAAGACGAAUUAG